CUGGGAACUAAUACAGUCUAUGAAAGUUCCGCUAUCGGUUGGGUCCAUAAACGACAUUUGGUCAUUUUCAUCUGAAUAAUAUAUAACCACGGAAGAGUUCGACUUAAACUUUACACGACGUUCGUCCCGAAUCAGUGGGCUUGGCUGUCAGGUAGUUUCAAGUAAAGGAGACUCACUGCAUCCUCUGUUGGAGACUGACACAGGAUCCCAAAGAAGAUAACUUGAAGUGCAAAACAACAUUUUUAAAAAGCACUAAGAGUCAUGCAAGACGCGUGGGUGAUAUCUGUCCCACUGGACAAGACCAGUUCAAAAAGUGUCGAGAAACUCAAACGCUUCAUUGGAAGAACUAACUUGGCCUCCUGCUGCAAAUUCUCCAUUCCAGAUCUAAAGGUGGGAAUAUUGGACAGCCUACUAAGCGUGUCAGAUGAACUCUCCACACUCGACAUGUUUACUGAAAGCGUGAUGAUACAAACAUGCAAAUGUAUGAGAGAGGUGAUGGAGCAAGCCGGUGACAAAGUGAUGGAAGACGUCUUAGCCAAUGGAGCCCACAUCACAAAGCAGAAGGAUCUUCAUUCUACCCUAAAGGCCCUUUUGAAGUCUUUAAGAGUGGACAUGAUGAGCUAUGUGACCAACUUCCAGUGGGACGAAGUCAAGUAUCCCACGUCUCUGCCUCUCUCCAGCCUGGUAAACAUCAUCAAAAAGGAAGUUUCCCAGGUGAAGUUGGAAUUCAAAUCCAGAGCUGCAACAUACAGCAGUGUGAAAAAACGUUUGCAGAACCUGGAGCACCAACAAGAAGGCAGUUUGAAAACAUGCAGCCUGAAUGGCAUUGUAAGGAGAGAAGACCUGGUGGUCUCAGAGUACCUGACUACUCUCCUGGUGCUGGUGAGCAGGAGGGACUAUAUGCAGUGGGAAAAGACAUAUGAAUCUUUGUCAGAAUUUGUGGUGCCACGGUCAAGCAGAAAACUCUGUGAAGACAGAGCAGCAGGUAUAUUUUCUGUGACACUAUUCAAGAGAGUGGUGUGUGACUUCAUAGCCAAAGCCAAGGAAAGGAAUCUGAACCCACACAGGUUUAAUCUGCGUGAGUACAGCUUUGACCUGGACGAGAAGCAGCAACAGGAGAGGAUGGAGCUCAGUGUUCACAAAAAAGAGCAUUACGUAUGUUUAUCUCGAUCACCAGUAUCAAACUUAAGGCCCGGGGGUCAGAUCUGGCCCGCCACAUCGUUUUAUAUGGCCUGCGAAAGCCUGGGCACGUUUAUGGAAUGGCUAAAGGCAAUAUACAACCAGGUGAUCAUUUCUUGGAUUCACCUGAAAGCCUUAAGGGUCUUUGUGGAGUCAGUUCUCAGGUACGGACUGCCUGUUAAUUAUCAGGCCCUUCUGCUUCAGUCAGACACGAAGUGUUCUGAGAAACUGAGAGAAAAACUUUCUUCUUUGUUUGCGUAUCUGGACCCAACUUCUGCAGUCAGUGACGUGACCUGUGACAUCCCAGGACUCAGCCAACAGGACUACUUCUCCUACAUCUGCUUCCCCGUUAACAUCAACUUGUUGGACUUAAGCUAGCAACACAAAACACCAAAAACGCAUACAAUUUAUUUUGUAGUGCCUGAGUGACAGACGUGAAGUGAAGUGAUACCUCUCAGUCCAGCCCUACAUACUUGAACCACUCGAACCAGUGGCCACAUAUCCCCACAGAUUGAGAGUUAAGUCAAGCACUGCUAGCCAAUGACUUAAAAGCCUUUGGUUGUCAACUCAUUGUCCAGCGCAGCUCUUAAUGCAUCAGGGUGUGAGGGUUGCACUACUAUCGCACGGUCACACUAGCUUGCAUCUGUUACACCUUGUUCCAUAUUUUUGACCUAAGCACAUUGCCUAAAUACUGUAUCAACAGCAAGUCACAUAUUUCCCAUACAUUCAUUUAUUUGUGGAGGCUCGCCACAAAUACAUUUGGACUGCCACAAAUAGAUUUGAUGCUCCCUGUUAAGAAUCCUCCAUGUUCUGCUUAGAAUCCUCCAUGUUUAUGCAAGUUUAUAA